GAGCGAGCGCCUUUCGCAGCAUCUCCCGGUUCUCCUUUCGCCUGGCCGCGAUGACUCUGUGCACAGAAGCGGCCGUGGCGGCGCUGGGAGGCGGAUCUGCUGCCCAGGCGGGAGGCAUGUCGGAGCCAGCGCUGCAACCGAGGGCGGUCUUCACCUUGCCCAGGCAGCAGUCGCUCGCUUCGCCGCUGGUGAUCAACCCCUUCGUGCAAGAGACGCGCCUGGAUGCGAAGGAUAAAUCCCGGGCUUUCUUGUUUGGGCUGAUUCUGGUCCCUCUCCGUGUCCUAUGCAUGCUCUUCAUUUUGCUGGUGGCUUGGCCGUUUGCAGUCCUGGCAACUUCCUGCAUCCCUGAAAAGGGGACUAAGCCACUUCUGGGAUGGCAAAGGAGAGUAUGCUAUGCCAGCCUCACGCUCUUAGGCCGUGCCUUAUUUUUUGUGAUGGGCUUCAAAGUCAAAGUGAAGGGGGAAGUAGCUAGUCCUGAGGAGGCACCAAUCCUUACUGCAGCACCGCACUCAAGCUUCUUCGACGGGAUUGUCUGUGUUCUGGCAGGCUUGCCGUCGACGGUGUCUAGGCAAGAGAAUCUCUCUGUGCCCAUUCUUGGGAGGAUCCUCAGUGCUCUCCAGCCUGUCGUGGUGUCUCGUGUCGACCCUGAUUCUCGGAGGAACACAAUCAAAGAAAUAACCCGUCGAGCAACUUCAGGGGAACAAUGGCCCCAGGUAUUGAUUUUCCCAGAAGGUACAUGUACAAACCGUUCAUGUCUGAUCACUUUUAAACAAGGGGCCUUUAUUCCUGGCGUUCCUGUUCAACCAGUGCUUCUUCGGUAUCCAAAUAAAUUGGAUACCGUGACGUGGACCUGGCAGGGCUACAAUUUCAAGGAGGCAUUAGUCUUGACUUUGUGCCAGCUGUUUACAAAAGUUGAAGUGGAGUUUCUUCCAGUCUACAUUCCAUCCGAGGAAGAAAAGAAGGAUCCAGUCCUUUUUGCCAGUGGAGUCCGUAACAAAAUGGCAAGGGCUUUGGAUGUGGCCACUACGGACCACACGUACGAAGACUGCCGCCUGAUGAUCUCGGCCGGACAGCUGACCUUGCCCAUGGAAGCAGGAUUGGUGGAAUUCACCAAAAUCAGCAAGAAACUGAAUCUAAAAUGGGACAACAUCAGAGAGCAGUUGGAGCAGUUUGCUGCGAUUGCCAGCACCUCCAAGGGGGGCAGGAUUGGAAUCGAGGAGUUUGCCAACUACCUGAAGCUGCCCGUCUCAGAUGCUCUCGAACAGCUCUUUGCCCUAUUUGACAGGAAUGGAGAUGGUACCAUAGACUUCAGAGAGUACGUUAUUGGUUUGUCCGUAGUUUGCAACCCUGCCAACACAGAACAGACCAUUCAAAUGGCAUUUCAGCUCUUUGACGUCGAUGAAGAUGGCAUCAUAAACGAAGACGAGUUUAGCUUAAUUAUGCGUUCAGCGCUUGGGCUUCCUAGCCUUGACGUUUCUAAUCUGUUCAAGGAAAUAGACGCUGACAACUCUAAAAAGCUCUCCUAUGAAGAGUUCAAGGAUUUUGCUCUGAAACAUCCCGAAUACGCCAAACUGUUCACAACGUACCUCGAGCUACAACGUUGCCAAAUAUUUCCAGAGGAAGAAUUUACUUGCAGCACGCCGACGGUGAAAACCCCAGUUUCAGAAAUUGCCUCGGUGCCAAGGAAUAAAGUUUGUCCUCAGGCCAGUGAUGAUGACCAUUCCAUCGUCAGUGUCUCUGAUAAAAAAGAAGACUGAAUCUAAAAGGUCGAAUAUAUUUGUGUAUGUGUUGAUGUUUUGUAUUUUAUUUUUAAUAUAAAGAGCGUAUG